GGGAGCUGUAACCAUCUCACCACUGAACCCAUUACUUUUCCAAGAUCAGAAAAGUAUUACAUUAACAGGAAUCAUUUCUUAUUCAGAUAAGAAUUCAAGAAGUUGACUACUACAGGAGGGAUCUGAAAAAUGACGGGAGCAAAGAGGAAAAAGAAAAGCGUGCUGUGGGGCAAGAUGCACACCCCCCACUGUGAAGACAUUAAACAGUGGUGUAAAAGGCGCCUACCUAUUUUGGAAUGGGCACCACAGUACAAUCUGCGGGAAAACCUGCUUCCAGACACUGUGUCUGGGGUAAUGUUGGCAGUUCAACAGGUGACACAAGGGCUGUCCUUCGCUAUUCUUUCAUCUGUACACCCAGUCUUUGGUUUAUAUGGAUCUCUGUUUCCAGCUAUCAUUUAUGCCAUAUUUGGAAUGGGACGCCAUGUUGCCACAGGCACCUUUGCCUUGACUUCCUUGAUAUCAGCCAACGCUGUGGAAAGGCUAGUCCCUCAAAGCAGCAGGAACCUCAGCAUUCAGAGUAACUCAAGUGUGCUAGGCUUAUCCGACUUCGAGCUCCAGAGAAUCGGGGUUGCCACGGCGGUUUCCUUCUUGGGAGGAGUGAUUCAGAUGGUUAUGUUUGUGCUGCAGCUGGGCAGUACCACGUUCCUAGUUACAGAGCCUGUGAUCAGCGCGAUGACCACGGGGGCCGCCACCCAUGUUGUGACUUCACAAGUCAAGUAUCUCUUGGGAAUAAAAAUGCCAUAUAUAUCUGGACCACUAGGAUUCUUUUAUAUUUACGCAUUUGUUUUUGAGAACAUCGAGUCUGUUCAGCUGGAAGCUCUGCUCUUAUCCUUGCUGAGCAUCGUUGUCCUUGUUCUCGUUAAAGAGCUGAAUGAACAGUUUAAAAGAAAAAUCAAAGUUGUUCUUCCUGUCGACUUGGUUUUGAUCAUUGCUGCCUCAUUUGCUUGCUAUUGUACCAACAUGGAAAACACAUAUGGAUUAGAAGUAGUUGGACACAUUCCAAAUGGGAUUCCUCCACCCCAUGCUCCACCCAUGAACAUCCUCUCUGCAGUGCUCACGGAAGCUUUUGGAGUUGCGCUUGUAGGCUACGUGGCCUCACUGUCUCUCGCUCAAGGAUCUGCCAAGAAGUUCAAAUAUUCAGUUGAUGACAACCAGGAAUUUUUGGCCCACGGCCUCAGCAAUGUGAUCCCUUCAUUUUUCUUCUGUAUCCCAAGUGCUGCUGCCAUGGGAAGGACGGCUGGUCUGUACAGCACAGGCGCAAAGACACAGGUGGCUUGUCUAAUAUCUUGCCUUUUCGUCCUUGUUGUCAUCUAUGCAAUAGGACCUUUGCUGUACUGGCUGCCCAUGUGCGUUCUUGCAAGCAUUAUUGUUGUGGGACUGAAGGGAAUGUUAAUACAGUUCCGGGAUUUAAAAAAAUACUGGAAUGUGGAUAAAAUCGAUUGGGGCAUAUGGAUCAGUACUUACAUAUUUACAAUAUGCUUUGCUGCCAAUGUGGGCUUGCUGUUCGGCGUUGUCUGCACCAUAGCUAUUGUGAUAGGACGCUUCCCAAGGGCAAAGACUUUAAGCGUAACGAACAUGAAAGAACUGGAGUUUAAGGUGAAGACAGAGAUGCAUGACGAAACCUUGCAACAGGUAAAAAUCAUCUCAAUAAACAACCCACUUGUUUUCCUGAAUGCAAAGAAGUUUAAUACUGAUCUAAUGAAAAUAAUCCUAAAGGAAAUUGACAGCAGUCAACCACUUGAUGAUGUCAGCAAGUGUGAACAGAACACCUUGCUCAACUCCCUGUCCAAUGGUAACUGCAACGAGGAUGUUUCCCAGCCCUGCCCCUGUGAGAAGUGUUCUUUGGUCCUGGAUUGCAAAGGCUUGACCUUUUUCGACUACACAGGAGUCUCUACGCUUGUUGAGCUUUACCUGGACUGCAAGAGCAGGGGUGUCGAUGUGUUCUUAGCCAAUUGCACAGCAUCCUUGAUAAAAGCAAUGACAUACUAUGGGAACCUAGACACUGAGAAACCAAUUUUUUUUGACUCAGUAUCUGCUGCAAUAAGUACCAUCCAGUCAAAUAAGAAUUUGAGCAAGGUCAGUGAUCACAGCGAAGUCUGAGGCCCCCUGUGAUGAAGUGCACAUCUCAUCUUUAGCAACUGCCCGGAAGAGGCCAGAUAUUGGCAUUUUGCACAAAUUUUGGUGUAUGGAUGCUGCGUAUGGCCUCUAUUUCAAUAAGAAUGAUAUGAGUCAGCAACUGCACAGCCACUGGCGACGGCUUGCUGACCCCUUAUUUUUCUAAUCUUUCUUAAUAAACAGAUUCAUUUAGUUGUUUUUUAUAGGGAUCAAUAUGCAUGUAGGUUUAGCUUACUAAAUAGUAAAGAUGCUUUUAUGAGAGUAUUUUGUAUGGUCUUAUCUCUAUUUUGUUGUAAGCUAACAAGUGGAAGAACACUUUAAUCGGAAGUGGUUUGGACUAUUUAUAAGCCGUUCAUAAAAAAAUAAGGUAAUCUAACUCUACGUAAAAAGAAGUUAGCAAAUGUGCCAUUUUCCCAUAUUUACCCCAGAGUUAUUUAAACAUCAGUAAGAUAAAGUAUCACCAUUUCAUACAGUGAAGAAUGAAAUCCACAGAAAUGAAGCAACUAGGAAAAAAGAUAAACUAGAAGAUAUUGAUAUCAAUACGGAUCAACACAAUCACUCUGGCAGUAUUCAUGGAUUCAGUUGUGCUUUUGUAUAAGGAAGAAACCUGGCGUUUUAGCAAAACCGAGUCCUUGAAAUUCGUCUGCUUAAUUGUGAAUACCGGAAACCACUAGGAUAUCCAGUCAGAUAGCUCUCAUUUCUACAUGCCACAUGUAAGAUUUUCGACUUUCAGCAUGAUUUUUAUUACAGUCAGAGAAUAUGAGAAUUCAGCAUCUAAUAUUUUUUCAGAUAGGAUCUUUUAGAUGACAAAAUAUCAUAAGUAGAAUGGUUUUAUGCUAUUUUGAUACAAGGUUAACUUUAGAAAUUGUGUAUUUUCUAUUUUAAAGAUAACAAGUCAAUAAAAUGUAGUAGGUAAUUUAUCUAUACCAAGAUAGAUAGAUGACAGAUAGAUGACAAACAGACGGAUGGCAGAUUGAUCUCCCUAGUAUGUUUCCAUUUUCUUUUGUUAGAGGUGAGCUUGGAUGUGAUUAUCUGUAAAUUCACCAAAAUAACACGAUAAUUGACAACACUAAGGGCCCGAUAGAAGUGUAGACACCAUUUCUCAAUGCGUGUAUAUUUCAUUUUAAAUUACAUACAAGUAUUCAAUUUCACAAUUUUCUAACAAAUUAACUUUUAUAUGAAGCCAUAGAUUACAAUUAUGCUUUAUUCUUAAUGGCAUUUAAACUAUUCUAGAGACUACCAUUAUCAGAAAAAGCCAGGCAUUGCAAAGUGAGUUUGAAAAGCAAGUUAAAAAUAGAAAUUAAAAAUUGGCCAUCUGGUGGUUCUCAUGGGCAUCAGUAAGAGCAAAUCCUAACUCCUGUCCCAGUGACGUAUUGAAAUAUUCCUCAACAAGUGUGUGGUACACAUUACUAUGAUCCUUAAUUUUAGCACCUCAGUCUUUAGUAAGAUGAAAUAAUAAAAUUAAACUGCCAAAAAUAGUGUUCCAAAUUUUCAUAGUCAUUUUAAUUUUUACUGAAACAAACUAAAAAGAACAGUAUUAGUUCCCAAAGGCCCAGGCUCUUCAUUGCUAAUUUGGUUAGUAACAAGUCAGGUGACUGUUAUUCAUCAUAUACGGUUCCAAGGGGAAGUCAAGGGAGAAUUAGAAAUAGCUUCCUUAUUAAAAGGAGUUUUAUUCUGUGUCAUCCAUUUGCAUUAUUCUAAAGGUUCAUGGUGGUGAUAUUCUCUACCCUCAAUCCACUGAUCCCUGUCAUAUAAUCAUGAGUCACGGAAAGCCAAGAACAGAAAUGUAUGAUGGUACAUAUAAAUUGAUAUUUGCUAUAAAAGUUUAGCCUAUAAUUGAGUUCAUGCAUUGUAGGCAUAUUAAACUUGUUGUAGAAGAUGGGCCACGGGUGACAUUAAAAUCAUUACAGCUAAUUGAUGGAUGAUUUGUUCUGUUUGUUGUUAAUUCUGGGACAGUAUUGUCUGAGAAAUUGCAUUUGAGAGCCUUUAGUAUUUAUAGUAUGUUUAGUGCAUAAAAAGUUAACAUCAUUAAUUUCAGUGUCAAAUAUUAAUGUUAUAUUCAAGGACAAGGCAAACCAAAUCACACACUGGGUUAAGUCCACUGAUUAUUCCAAGACCACGAGGACUGUUUACUCAAAGAAAGUCUCUUAAAUUAAGUCCUGUGAGUCCAAGAACUGCGUAUAAGUUUUAGACAUGCAAGUGUCUGUUUCAGAGAAGAAGCAGAGAACAUAGAAACUGCAAGACUACUCCAUUGUUGCAGUGUUUCUACCAGCACACUGACCUAGUCUUACAGGACAUCUUAUUUUUAUAUGAUAAACUUCUUCCGUAGUGCUUAUUGUAGUAAAAUAGCAUUAAAAACCAAAACUGAUCUAUACAGGUGUUGAGAAUCUAAUAUGGCAGAUAUGAAAUAUAUAACCAGGAAAUGACUGUUAACAUUACAUUUAUGCAAAUUAAAUGCCCUUAAAUUUUGCCAUUUGUCUUUCAUUUUAAAGGUUAUUUGCCCUCAAUUAUAUAAUUUCAGCAUUAUAAAGUUUAGCUUAAACCACUUUGCAAUAAUUUAUUUGACAGAUCUCUCAUGCAAUGUAAUGAGGAAAGAGAUCUUUCUUUUUUAAUGAAAACAUUAAUGUGUUAAUUUCCCAUAUGAGUCAUGCUUGACAUUUAAUGGUUGCCGAAAUAUGUUGGUAUGUUGCUGAACAUACACACACCUCUGAAAUGUCAGUUUUGUGUUCUGUUGGUUGAUCUGAUCCAGCACCAAAUAUGCUUUAUGGCAGUCAGUUUGUUGCCAGAUAGAUUUCAAAUAGGGAGUUAAGUGGUGCUUUCUCAAUCCAAAGAUCUGGAGUUAAAAAUCAUGUAGUCUAAUAUGCUGCACUUAUUUUUAUAUUUUUUCCAUGCAAUUAAUUAUUGUUUUUUAUAAUUAUGUGUACUAACUCAGUAUGUAACAACCAGUUUACAUGGAAAUAAAUUGAAAUAUGAUAAGUACAA